GUGGGAGAGAGGCCGGGGGUGCGGGAGAAGCGGGUGGCAGUGAGAGAGAGGCUGGGGCUGCGGGUGGCCAGAGGGAAAAGGCCAGGAGUGCGGGCACGGGUGGCAGCUAGGGUGAGGCCAAGUGUGCGGGUACGGGUGCCUGGGGGGGUGAGGCUGGGGUUACAGGAGGAGCAUCUGGUAGAAGAGGGGAGCCUGGGAGUAAAGUAUCAACCUCAGGAGGAGGGGACAGUGGGCUCAGGGGUGCAGGAGCAGGGUGUGGCCCUGGGAGCCCCCCAGGAGCAGGGUGUGGCCCUGGGAGCCCCCCAGGAGCAGGGUGUGGCCCUGGGAGCCCCCCAGGAGUGGGGAGAGGGCCCGUGGGUUCAGCACCAGCCUGAAGGGGAAGGGGAGGCGAGCCCAGGAGUGCAGGGGGGCCAGCAGGGAGAGCAGCAGGAGACAGGAGGGUUUGUCAGGGGCCUGCAGGAGGAAGGGGGCCUGAGGCCGGGCGUGCAGGAGGAGGUUCUCAGGCUGGGCGUGCAGGAGGAGGCGCUCGGGUGCGGUGUGCAAGAGCAGCCUCAGGAGCCUGAGUGGCUGAGCCCAGGUGUUCAGGAAACUGGGAGGACCCUGGAUGUGCAGCAGCAGCCGCAGCGGGGGAGGCGGCGAGCAGCACAGGUGUAGGGCAUGAGAGGAGUGAGCCCAGGAGCCUAGCACUGUCUCCGGCCCAGACCCUUAGUAGUGUCCCAGCACCAGCUGGUGAACCCAGGAGGUGGCCUCAGCGCUGGCACGGCCGCUAGCCGGGGAGCGCAGCACCACCGUCCUCCUGUGAGUGUGGCCGUGCAGUGCCAUCGCUGUCCCCAGCCGCGCUGGAAGUCAGCAGGAGAAGGUGGGGGUGAGCCCAGCAGUGCCAUCCCUUGCCAGCGAGCCUGGAGCUGAGCAUCCCCCCAUAGGAGGAGCCUGGAGGGGCGAAUCCUGGAGAGUCCCAGCCGUAACACCACUGCCAGUCUGGGUGGCCAGGAGUAUAGCAGCAACGCCACCCUCAUCGUUCACGCACCGAGCCUGGGCACCAAACAGCAGCACCCUCCCAUUGCUACACAGUGAGCUUUGCACUGUAAAGCUGCAUGCAGUGCUCCUGGUCUCGUAUGCCAACAACUGCUGGAGCAUGCAGUGAAUCUGGCAACAUGGAGCAGCAGCGUUUUACUAGCUUGGAGUAUAGCAGAAGCAGCAACGCCUUCAGCGCGCAGUGAGCCCGGCAGCAUGCAGUGAGCCCGGCAGCAUGCAGUGAGCCCGGCAGCAUCCCGCGCAGCGCUGUGCAGUGAGCCUGGCAGCGUCCAGUGCAGCAGCCUCGCCGCCAGCUUGGCCUUCCUGGAAUUUAAUAGCAGCAGCGCCUUUCCCGUGCAGUGAGCCUGGCAGUUUAUACCCUCUCCAGCCUGGCAGCUUGGCAGUGCAGCAGCUGAGGAAGGAGGUGACCCUGUGGGUAGAGUGGCAGUGCCACAGCCAGCCCAGGAGUACGGCAGCAGCGAGAGACGGUGGGGAGUCUGGAGGGCAGGAACUGGAGGUAGAAACUGACAGACUGAGCCCGGCUGAGCCCAUGGGCUGCAGCAGCCAGGCCCCAGCCCUCGACGGACAAGCUGGCGAGUCGCAGGGCGCCACCCUCUGGAUCGUGCUGGGACCCCCCCUGGGAUCUCGCGCCCUGGAGGCGGAUGGGCCAGGAUUAUCGGCGCUUUAGGACUCAGCCCCCCUCAGUCCUCUGUACAACUCAAGACUCUGUGGGAGGCCAAAACGGACGCCCUCCCAGCCCCCCGGAAUAUCCCCCCAACGCUGCUGGAGCCCCCCUGCCCUCUGACGAGUCCCCUGGGGCAGGACCGCAAGGCCCAGACGGAGCAGCGCCCGAGCCUCAGACGCUGCCCUGUGGCAUGGAGUCGGACGAGGGCACAGACUGGCUCCUGGAGCUCCUGGCCGAGGUGCAGCUGCAGCAGUACUUCCUGCGCAUCCGCGAUGACCUCAACGUCACCCGCCUCUCACACUUCGAGUACGUCAAAAAUGAGGAUCUGGAGAAGAUCGGCAUGGGGCGGCCUGGCCAGCGGCGGCUGUGGGAAGCCGUGAAGCGCAGGAAAGCCAUAUGCAAGCGCAAGUCGUGGAUGAGCAAGGUGUUCAGCGGGAAGCGCCCCGAGGCAGAGUUCCCGCUCCAGCCCCAGCCCCCCUUCCCCAAGCUCUCCAGCCCGUCCCCCGCCGAGGAGGGGCAGCAGGCCCUGACCUGCCUGAUCAGCGAGAGGGACCUGAUGCUCUUCGAGAAGCUGGGCGAUGGCUCCUUCGGCGUGGUGCGGCGCGGCGAGUGGGGCACGCCCACUGGCAAGAUGCUCACCGUGGCUGUGAAGUGUCUCAAGACGGAUGUGCUGAGCCAGCCGGAGGCGCUGGACGACUUCAUCCGGGAGGUGAAUGCCAUGCACUCUCUGGACCACUGCAACCUGAUCCGGCUCUACGGCGUGGUGCUCUCGCCCCCCAUGAAGAUGGUGACGGAGCUGGCCCCGCUGGGCUCCCUGCUGGACCGGCUGCGGAAGAACCAGGGCCAUUUCCUCAUCUCCACGCUGUGCCAGUACGCCAUCCAGAUCGCCAAGGGCAUGGCCUACCUGGAGUCCAAGCGCUUCAUCCACCGCGACCUGGCUGCCCGCAACAUCCUGCUGGCCUCCAGCGACCUGGUCAAGAUCGGCGACUUCGGGCUCAUGCGGGCGCUGCCCAAGAACGACGACCACUACGUCAUGCAGGAGCACCGCAAGGUGCCCUUCGCCUGGUGUGCCCCGGAGAGCCUGAAGACGCGCACCUUCUCGCACGCCAGCGACACCUGGAUGUUCGGGGUUACUCUCUGGGAAAUGUUCACCUACGGGCAAGAGCCGUGGGUCGGCCUCAGCGGCAGCCAGAUCCUCCACAAGAUUGACAAGGAGGGCGAGCGGCUGCCGCGGCCCGAGGACUGCCCUCAGGACAUCUACAAUGUCAUGCUGCAAUGCUGGGCACACAAGCCCGAGGACCGGCCCACCUUCGUGGCCCUGCGUGACUUCUUGCUGGAGGCCCAGCCCACGGACAUGAGGGCCCUGCAGGACGUGGAGGAGCCGGAGAAGCUGCACAUCCAGAUGAACGACGUCAUCACAGUCAUCGAGGGCAGGGCUGAGAAUUAUUGGUGGCGGGGUCAGAAUAAGAGGACCCUUAAAGUGGGGCAGUUCCCCCGAAACACAGUGACCUCCGUGGCAGGGCUGUCGGCCCACGACAUCAGCCAGCCGCUAAAAAACAGCUUCAUCCACACUGGCCAUGGAGACACCAACUCCCAGCACUGCUGGGGCUUCCCCGAUAAGAUCGAUGAGCUGUACCUGGGAAACCCCAUGGACCCUCCCGAUGUGCUAGGCGUGGACCUGAACGCAGCCAGACCCACCCAGCUCCCGGGCCGGGCGAAAAGGGAGCCACCGCCUCGGCCACCACAGCCGGCCAUCCUCCUUUCGAGUAAGUUGGGCCAUUCUCCGCUCCUGUCCUCUCUCUUCUCUCCUCACUCCUCUCUGCCAGAGCCCUCGUACGACCCUGUCAGCCGGGAGGACGACUCCCUCUCCACGGGCCUCAAGCGGCUGUGCCUGAGGAAGCCGGGCCCCCCGAAGGGGCUGAAGCUGGUGAAGCCUUCAGCCUGGGUGUCGGGCACCAAGGUGGGCGAGCGGCAGCCGAGUCGGGCCAAGGGCGGGGGCACCUACUGUGGCGAGGCGCCACUGAUCGACUUUGGGGACGAGCCUUCCCCCACCACCCCCUCGCCAGUCGGGGAGCUGGGCGCCCCUUCCCUCGCCAGGCUGGCCAUGGAGGCUUUCUCCCUGCUGGACAAGACGCCCCCACAGAGCCCCACACAGGCACUGCCCCGGCCCCUCCACCCCACCCCUGUGGUGGACUGGGACGCACGGCCCCUGCCCCCGCCGCCGGCCUACGACGACGUGGCCCAGGACGAGACCGACUUCGAGGUGUGCUCCAUAAACAGCGUGGAGGGGCUGGCGGGGCGGCCGGCCUGGGCCGAGGACGAGAAGGCGGUGGGGGAGUGGGGCUCGGCGCCGCUGGAGGACAACCUCUUCCUGCCGCCCCACGGGGCCAAGCAGCCGAGCCUGGCGCAGACUACCGAGAUCUUCCAGGAGCUGCAGCAGGAGUGCAUGAAGCGGCUGCACGUGCCCCAGGGCCCCGGCGAGGACAAGCCGCAGAUCCCGCCCCGCGUGCCCAUCCCGCCCCGGCCCCUGCGGAGGAACGAGCCCGGGCGCUGGUCGGGGGAGCUGUCCCCGGCCUCGGGGGGUGAGGAAGACCGGCCGCCCCAGAUCCCGCCCCGCGACCCCUUGUCCCAGCCCACCUCCAGGACUCCCAGCCCCAUGGCGCUGCAGGCGGGCUCCCCGCAGCAAAGGGCCAGCCUCUGCUCCCCCUUGGCCCUGGCCACCUGCCUCUCCACCUCCCCGGGCAAGGCCAUGCCCACCACGCAGAGCUUCGCCUCAGACCCCAAGUACGCCACGCCCAAGGUCAUCCUGGCGCAGGACAAGGACAGCGCCAGGGGCCCCUGCAUCCUGCCCAUUGUCAAGGACGGCCGGAAGGUGAGCAACACCCAUUACUACCUGCUGCCCGAGCGCCCCGCCUACCUGCACAAGUACGAGAAGUUCUUCAAGGAAGCCCAGAGCCCUGAGGAGCCGGCGCCCCGCGUGGUCAGCACCGCUGCCGUCCGGCCCAGGGUGCAGCCGUCCAACUGCUCGGCCAACAACAGCAACCCCGGCCCCCGGGGGGCUCUCAGGGCCUCCUGCAGCGUCCAGACCAUCAUCUACGACAGCAGCGACGGCUGCCGGGCCGCCGAGAAAGUGCAGCUGGUGCAAGAGAUGGUGCACGGCGUGACCACCGAGGAGUGCCAGGCCGCCCUGCAGAACCACGGCUGGAGCGUCCAGCGGGCCAUCCAGUAUCUGAAGGUGGAGCAGCUUUUCUGCCUGGGCCUGAAGACCAGGGGGGAGUGCCACAGGGUUCUGGAGAUGUUCGACUGGAACCUGGAGCAGGCCAGCUGCCACCUGCUGGACCCCGCCAGCGCCGCCAGGCAGAAGCGGUGACGGCGGCAGGCCGGGAAGCUGAGUCAGACCUGGAGCGGGCACCUCCCACCUCUGCGGUGCCUUCCCCCCACAUUGGACUGAGCCGGCCAGAGCGUGGCUGGAGAGCCAGGAGCAGGGCUGAGAGCCUGACCAGGGGCUCAGGACUGGCGAGGGGCAGCCCCCAGGAUCCCGCUGGGGGUCACCCAGGAGCUCGCUGGGGAAUUGUUUUGUAAAGAGAAAUGUAAUUUUAAUAUAUAUAUAAAUAUUCUAUUGGAGAGGAA